UUAACUUUAAGUAUAGUUUUAACCAAAAUUUUCUAAGUAAACUAUCAUAUUUUCAUAAUCAAACCUUAAUCAUACUUUCCCAUUAAUCUAAAACAUUUCACUAGUAUAAACUAGAACAAAAAUUUGAUGAACCCAAAUCCUUUCUACAUCAAUCCUUAAUGUUCAUCACUUACACAAGCUAUCACCAUUUUUUUACACAAGUUAACCUUCUUCUACCCUCCAAACUCUUACACAUCCACUUACACACUCCAACUAUUACACAUUCACUUACACACUCUAAAUCACUUACACAAGUUAACCUUCUUCUAUACUCUUAACACUCUUUUUCAUACAAUCUUAUGAACUACAAAGUUGCCCAAAACCCAUUAUAAAGACCCCUCCUUAGCCAUGAGAUCACUUGCACCCCCAUCAUCAAAUCUUUCUACCAUUCUUUCUUAUAUCUUCACUUUAUUAACAUCUUACUAACUUUAUACCCUUUUCAUUAGUUGAAGAAUCAAAUUAAGAUGAAGCUUGAUCUUAUCACUUCUUAAGCCAAUAAUCAUCAACUUUUGAAAAGUCAAGUAUUAUCUUUUGGAGCUUGGAUAUCAUUUUCUUUUGGGUAAUUGAAGAUCUACUUCUUUGAAGCUUGGAGCCUUGAAGACUUUCUCUUUUGGAGCUUAUUUCUUUAAGUUCUUAUUUUCUUAAUAUUAUUCUCUUAGUUCGUUUAGCACCACCUUUGAAGGAAAAUGGCUGCUAAAUCCAGUAUGGAUGGAAUAAUAGACACAAUUUCAGAGAGGAAGCUUGUUGAGGGAAGUGUGCAUGGAGGAAUGAAAGAAAUACAAGAGAUGAUUGAUUUUGCUGCAAAACACAAAAUAAGUGCAGAAAUUGAAAUUAUUCCCAUUAAUUAUAUAAACACAGCCAUGGAUCGUCUUGCUAUGGGAGAUGUUAAGUAUCGUUUUGUCAUUGAUAUUGGCAACACCUUAAUUUCUUGAGUUUCUAAUUUUUUUGUUAGGAAGUAUUUGGCAUUGUUGUGAUAUUCAAUAAUUUGAUCCAAGGAUAUAUUAUAUUUCGGUUUUUAAAUGAUAAUGAUGUGUAGCCAAGAGAAAAUUUGAUUAAUGUGACAUUCAAAUGGUACUUUUUUAUUAUUAAGAAUUAGUUUAAAUUAGUUUAUUUGUAUUAGGUCGCAUAUAUUCAACAUUUUAAAAAUCC